AUGGCAGACGAAGAAAGCUACCUCCUCAUCGCCCAACUUCAUCUUCAAGAUCUCCAAGAGAUUGCAGAACGCCGUCAUCGAAAAGGAAAAUCCAGAGAGGGCGCACCACCUACAGACGAAGAAUAUGCAUUUCAGCUUCAGGCUGAGCUGAUGAGUAACUUUGUGACCGAUGUCAUUGAUGAAAAGGGCCCGGGGGCGGGUCGGAUAGUGGAUGAAGUGGACACUGAGGAAGCUGCCAGUGGAUGGGUGCCAGAAGUGAAGAGAAACUCCACGUCGACGGUAUCGCCGUCAUCCAACGGUUCAAAAUACGUGAUGUGGCGACCUCCUAUGCUAGACCAUGAUGGUUGGAGACAGACUUCAAAAGGAGAGUCGCGGCGAAAUAGAAGUGUUGUUCAAGCUCGUAGUGCUAGCACAAUUUCUCCUGGCACUUUAUCGUCAAAACGCGAGAGCGGGGUAAAGGACUCCACCUCAGUCCAAAAUAAUCAUCGUCAUUCCUCGUCGCAAAGGGAAGUGAAGAGGCCGUAUAAUUGA